AUGGGAAUCAACAUCAUCUAUUACUACGGCUACUUUGUCACCGAGGACGUCUAUAGUACUGCAAUGGACGGUGCUAAAGACAUCAUACCUCGCAGACUUCGUCGCUCGAAGCUUUUCAGAAGAUCCAAAGGAUCUAAAUUAGCCUCAACAGAAGAGCCUGAAUAUAAUAACCCCACUUCAUCAGAGGAAGAAUACUCAAAGUCAUUCACCUCUGAAGACACCGCAGAGACCGUCAUCCAUUACUCGUCGGAGGAGAAGCAAAGCGAGCUUGACCAAGACAUUUUCUCUAAUGAUUCUAAAGGAUCCACAGACACGAUCAUUCAUGAUGAGACGGUCAAAAUCUCGCGCCGCCAGAGGUGCAAGGCUAAGCUUCGAAAAUGUCUGUCUUCAAAGACAUUGAAAGCAAAAUUCUCCAGCUAUAACAUUUCUUCGGAUGAAUGCGUUGAAUUAGAGGAUGAGGUUGUUUCAGACAGUCACAUCAACGAAAAUGAUCACAUUGAUUCAGACAAUCAUGAUGAUGAGAACAAUGAUGUUCAUUUGGACAACAUUGUCGAUACAGACGAUAUCACCGUUGCGAACAAUUCAGGAGCUUCAGGUAACAUUUACCAAAAGAAGCAAUGGUCUGCUUCAGAUUAUUCUCUGUCUAUCUACUCACAAGAUGGUAUCGAUACCAUCGUCGUAUCUCCAAAGGAGAAGGAGAUCAACGACUUAAAAGCAAAAUUAUUCAAUAAAGAGUUGGAAAGCAAUAGGCUUCGCUCAAAGAUCUCGCAGCUUAGCAGCGAGCCGACCUCAAAGUCAGCCUCUGAAUCAGAGUCUGUAAUUUACACUGCAUUUGAGACAACCAAAGUCUCCGAGCUCAGCAGUGAUACUCCCUCCUCAAAUUCAGGCUCAACAUCAGAGUCUGUUAUUCAUACCCCAUUGGAGACUACCAAAGUCUCCCACCGUCAAAGAUACCGAGCCAAGAUUCGUCGAUGCCUUUCCUCUACUCAGGAACUCCUGGCACCUUUGAAGGCCUUGCACCCUAACAAUCGGGCUGAAAGGGGUCACGCCAAACAACAAGCCAAAGAUGCCCUUGAAGCUUUGCAGAACGCUCCAAUGUUCUUCGAAUCCGUCCCAUUUGAGUCCACUGAGGAGGAUGAAGCUCCAACCUUCUACUGCCCUCGCCAUGGCACCUGUUCUUCUCAUUUUGCUUGGUGUUUCUGCGAUUAUCAUCCCAGCGCUGCCCAUCGUCAAAGCGAAAGAGUGGAAGACUGGUUGCUGCCAGCUUGGCGUGCCAGUGUUACAAGAGGCAUAGAGGAAGACAGGGCUGAAAAAACUAGAAUAGAAGAACAAGCUAGAAUGGAAGAGCAAGCCAGCAUGGAAGAGCAGGCUAUGAUGGAAGAGCAGGCUAUGAUAGAAGAAAAAGCCAUCAUGGAAGAAAAGGUCAGGAUGGAAGAGCAAGCCAGGAUGAAAGAACAGGCUUUACCCAUUCAAGAGAAGUCUGAGCCUCAAAGAUUUUCUGCUGAGGAGUAUAUCGAUCUGAUCAGUGACCUCACUGACGAUUACCUUGGUUAUUCACGCUCUAAAUCACGCAGCCACAAGCGCAGCAAGAGUAAGAAGAGAGUUGAGAGAGCUGUUGAAGAAAAGAUGGAGGAAAAAGCUUUACCCAUCCAAGAGUAUUCUGAACUUAAGAAACACUCUGCUGAAGACUAUGUUGGUCCAGCCAGCGAUCGGACCGACGAUUAUCUUGGUGUUACGGGCUACAACCCACGCACCGGAACGCUCGACAAGAGCAAAAGAAGUAAGAAGAACAAGGAACACCGCCGUGUUCGUUGGGCCAGUACUGAGAAGGGAUGGGAGAGCAAAGCUGUAAGCUCUUCUAGCCCCUCGGCUGAAUGCACCAAGGAGAAUGAGAAGAUGGAGGUGCCUUUUUUAGCCUAG